AUGGCCAUUCGUUUCACGGUGAACAAAUUUCCGCUAGAUCCGGAAUCGCGCGAUGCGACGGGUCUCCCGUGGGGCUGCGUCGUCCAACCAUUCGCUCUAGAUGACGAAGCGGGUAUUCCGGGAAGCGGCGUCGCAGCUAGCGUCGGCACCGGCGGAAGCAGCAUUCGAAAAUCGUCUUCUAACUCCUCUUUCCCGCGCUUCGGCUCGUCGUCGUCUCUUAAUUCUGCGUCUGGCGGCACGGCUCUGCAGCCGCUUCCCGCGGCGCUUUCGCCGGCGCCGCUUCCGCUAGCUGAUGACGUGGCGCGGUGCGAGGAUUGCUAUGCGUAUAUCAAUCCGUACUGUGCGAUCGAUCGGUUUUCGUGGCGGUGCUCGCUGUGCGACGUCGUGAAUCCGUUCAGCGACGCGGAGCUGCGUCGCUACGGGGGAUCGAACGUCGCAGACGUCGCAGAGCUGUCGCACACGCUCGUCGAGCUGGACGUUGCCGCGGAGGGCGACGCUGACGAAGUGGAAUUCGAGCAAGGAGAGUCGCAGGGCGACGGAGAGGUCGCAGGUUCCAUUCCGCAUGGGUUGGGAGAGCCAAUUAGCAGCUGCCACGUGUUGGACGAAGCGGAAAUUCGCAAGCGGCCGGUGUAUAUCGCCAUGGUUGACGUGUCAGGCUCAGAGGAGUUUCUGGAACUCGUUAAGAGCUCGCUGCUGGCCGCGUUAGAAGCGCUCUCGCCUGCUGCACUGUUCGGGCUGGUUACGUUCGGAAGCAAGGUCGGCCUUUAUGAUCUACAAGGCCCCGUAGCAGCAGUGAAAUCCGUCGCCAUCCCCGCCUCCUCUGCUCACCGCUUACCCCUAGCCCUGGGCGAUCUCCUCCCCCUCCCCGCCUUCCUCGCGUCCCUCUCGCGUCACAAGGAGCACGCAGCUGCUGCUCUCGAAACCCUCCGCCCCGACCCUCCUCCCCUCGAUUUGGACGCGUCUGGAGGGGGGAAGGGCGGUGGGGGGAAGGGAGGAGCGGCGCAGGGCGCGGGGGGGAAGGGCGGAGGGGGGAAGGGAGGGAAGGACGCGGAGAGAGGGGGGAGGAAGGACGGUGUUAGGGGCUUCGGAACGGCUUUGGACGCUUUAAUUAGGUAUUUAGGGGGUAUGGAGGAUGGUCCGAGUGCUAGAAUAGCCAGAGGCCUCCGAGCUGACGUCAUCAAUACCAGUGGAAGUGGCGGCGGUGGUGGGGGUAACGUGAGUAUCGCCGCAGCAGCAGCGGCAGCAGCGGCCGCAGGGGAAGUAGGCCCGUUUGUAGGGGCCAGAUUACUGGUUUUCCUCUCUGGAGCCCCGAACCAUGGUAUGGGGGCGUUGAGUACGGUUCGGUACGAUACAGCUCUCGCCAGCCUGGCUGUAGCGGCGAGUCAGAGAAGCAGGAGCGCCAAGGAUGUAGCAGACCCGGUUGUAGCGGAUAAGGGGUUGCUACAGGAGCAGACGCCGUUUUAUAGGGAGCUGGCUGCGGCUGCGGUGCAAGCGGGGGUGUGCGUGGAUCUGUUUGCUGUACCGACCUCUCUCCGUUGCUUAAGUGUGGAAAGCGGGGGUACUCUCUUUCUUUACCCUUCUUUAGACGAGGCUACCCUCCCUCAAGACAUAUACCGCAUGCUCUGCCGACCCUCCGCUUUCGGCGGGGUGCUCCGGCUCCGAACCUCCCGGGAGCUUCGGGCCGUCCGAGCCUACGGUCACUUCUUCCCCGAUGCUCAGUAUGAGAAUCUUUAUCAUAUCAUUAGAUGUGAUCCAUUUGAUUCGUACGCAUUUGACUUGGAGUUUCGGGGGAAGGCUGGGUUUGGGGUGAAGGGGAGGGCUGGGAGAGAGAAGGGAGGGAGUGGUGGUGGUAACCGGGGAGCAGUGUUACAACUGGCGUUUCAGUAUACUGUGAUCAUUCCGGUGGAAGGGGGAGGGGAGAGGGGCGAGGGGGUUGGGGGGGGUAACGGGGCGGCUAGUAACGGGGAUGGGGCUGCUACAGGUCAUCCGGGCAUCCCUGGAAGAGGGAUUAAGGGAGGGCAGACUCCCUUCCGUCCCUCUCCUUGUCCCUGUCCCUCUCUCUUUUUCUCUCUCCCCACUGCUCCUCAGGUCAUCCGGGCAUCCCUGGAAGAGGGAUUAAGGGAAGGCAGGUUGCUCCUGCAGGACUGGCUGGUUAUCAGAGCGUCCCUUGAGGAAGGAGUAAGGGAAGGCAGACUCCUCCUGCAGGACUGGCUGGUCAUUCUCACGGCCCACCACAACCACGCCUUCGGACUCGCCCAGUUCAACCAGCCCUUUCCAUCCCCUCCCUCUUCCUUCCCACAGGUCAUUCGGGCAUCGCUGGAAGAGGGAGUACGGGAAGGCAGGUUGCUCCUGCAGGACUGGCUGGUCAUUCUCACGGCCCACUACAACCACGCCUUUGGCCUCGCUCAGUUCAACCAACCCCACUCGGUGACUCGCCUCGACGUCUCCUUCUCAGCCUGCCCGCAGCUGCAGCCGCUGCCGCGGCUGGCUUUUGCUCUCCUGCGCUCGCCGCUGCUGCAGCUGCCAAGGGAAGGGGUUCACCCUGACCUGCGCACGUUCCUGCACUGCUUAUACGGCUCUCUCCGCUGCUGCAGCUGCCAAGGGAAGGGGUUCACCCUGACCUGCGCACUUUCCUGCACUGCCUAUACAGGUGAGACCGUGAGAGCUCUCCACCCCUCUCCACCUCUCUCCACCUCUCUUCAGUUCAACCAACCCCACUCGGUGACUCGCCUAGACGUCUCCUUCUCAGCCUGCCCGCAGCUGCAGCCGCUGCCGCGGCUGGCUUUCGCGCUCCUGCGGUCUCCUCUGCUGCAGCUGCCAAGGGAAGGGGUUCACCCUGACUUGCGCACGUUCCUGCACUGCCUAUACAGAUGUUACGAGAAGGGGUGCAUCCUGACUGGCGCACGUUCCUGCACUGCCUCUACAGGUAAGAUCUCUGCUCACCUCCACCACACUCCACCGCUCAAUAUCUCCCUAGGCCUCUAUAGCUCUCUCCUCUGCUCGCCGCUGCUGCAGCUGCCAAGGGAACGGGUGCAUCCUGACUUGCGCACGUUCCUGCACUGCCUAUACAGCUGUCUGCAGAAUUCUUCUGCUGUGGCUGCCAAGUCUAACCAGUCCUACCCCUCUGUUGUCAUUCCCGCCCCUCCCCACCGCAUCUACCCUGUCCUCUCCUCCUUCACCACUCCCGACCGACCUUUCUCCACCACUCUGUACCUCAUUCUUGUCCACCUCUACCGCUCUUCACCCCUCUGUUUCCCCCCCCACCGCAGUUCUCUAGAUCCUUCAUUCCUCAUGCGGGCUGUCUACCCCGUCCUCUCCUCCUACACCACUCCCGACCGCCCCGCCUUCCCCCGCCACUCCCUGAGCCGUGCUGCCCUCGUCACCAGCGGGAGCCCCAUUUUCCUCCUCGAUGCAUUCAGCACCAUCAUCAUCUUUUAUUCGCCCGCCGCUCCCCCCGACCUGCCCUUCCCACCACCACAAACAACACCACUCGUCACCAGCGGCAGCCCCAUCUUUCUGCUCAGUGCAUUCAGCACCAUCAUCGCCUUCUACUCGCCUGCUGCCCCUGCAGACGAGACCUGCCCUUCCCACCGCCGCAAACGAUACGUAGCCCCUGCAGCCCCAUCUUCCUACUCGCCUGCAGCCCCAUCUUCCUACUCGCCUGCAGCCCCAUCUUCCUACUCGCCUGCAGCCCCUGCGGAUCUUCCCUUCCCACCGCCUCAAACAGGCUUGCUGCGGACGACCAUCAACCGGCUGAAGGCCGACCGCAUAAUCACGCCGCGUACAAUCACCAUCCGGGGAGGCGUGGACAGCACAGCCCCCUUUGAGACGUUUCUGAUCGAGGAGCAAGAUGUGGAUGGGGACGUGGAGGGCGGGGCAGUGGGCAUGGGGUUUGUUGCGUUUCUUGAAUCGAUUGCUCGCGAUGUGCGUGAAUACAUGAAGUAG